UACAGCGAAAGGGAAAAUGUCGGCGCGCUGUCGAUGGGGCUUGCCGUGCCGUCAGUGACUAUUCCCGUGUAACACGUAACAACGAUCGCGUUCUCUCGGCGACCUUAACUGUCAAAAUUUGGCCUGCAAAGCGUCCUGAUACGCUCCGGUCGGUUCGUACCUCGAUUUGACUCGUGAGAAAGAGAGAGAGCGCGAGAACAAGAGAGAUUGCGUGACGAAGGGAGAGAGAAAGAGAGAGAAAGAGAGGGAGACGUGGAGCAGGUGCAAGACUACAUCGCCGUGUAGAGGUCCCCGCGCAAGGGAAGAGCCGGACAGAGUGGAGGAGAGAGAGAAGGCAUACGGAGGAGAGUAGUGACAUGGCGUCGUUGGCGGUAUCAAUAGCAAAGAAUGAGUUCAUCGUGGGUGGCAAGUACAGAUUGAUGAGGAAGAUCGGCUCAGGCUCCUUCGGAGACAUUUACCUCGGCAUCAACAUCUCCAAUGGCGAGGAAGUUGCAGUUAAGUUGGAAAAUAUGCGAGCCCGGCAUCCGCAGCUUUUAUAUGAAUCAAAGCUCUACAAAAUAUUACACGGUGGCAUAGGAAUACCGCAUAUACGUUGGUAUGGCCAAGAACGUGAAUAUAACGUUCUUGUCAUGGAUCUUCUUGGACCAUCUCUGGAAGAUCUUUUCACUUUUUGUUCAAGAAGGUUUACAAUUAAAACAGUUCUAAUGUUGGCAGACCAGAUGAUUGGUAGGAUUGAAUAUGUUCAUUGCAAACACUUUAUCCACAGAGAUAUAAAGCCAGAUAAUUUUUUAAUGGGAAUUGGGCGACAUUGUAACAAGCUGUUCCUCAUCGAUUUCGGAUUGGCUAAAAAGUAUAGAGAUAGUCGUACAAGACUGCAUAUAAUAUAUCGCGAAGAUAAAAAUUUAACAGGUACUGCAAGGUACGCAUCUAUCAACGCACAUCUUGGAAUUGAACAGAGUCGUCGCGAUGACAUGGAAUCACUCGGCUAUGUUCUUAUGUAUUUUAAUCGCGGAUCAUUACCUUGGCAAGGUCUCAAAGCUGCAACAAAGAAGCAAAAGUAUGAAAAAAUAAGUGAGAAAAAGAUGUCUACGCCAGUAGAAGUCUUGUGCAAGGGAUUUCCCGCCGAAUUUGCAAUGUAUUUGAAUUAUACGCGGGGCUUACGUUUCGAAGAAAGCCCCGAUUAUAUGUAUCUACGCCAACUUUUCCGCAUACUUUUCCGUACAUUGAAUCAUCAAUAUGAUUUUACAUUCGAUUGGACAAUGUUAAAGCAAAAAGUAGCAAGUGGUACUGUUGGUAGCGGAGUAUCAGCAGCCGGACCAGGUCUCUCUCAAGGUGCUCAAGGUGCUCAAGGGCAAGGACAAGGCCAAGGUCAAGCACCUACUCAGGCCAACGCUCAAUCAGCAAAUUUCAAGCUUAAAAGAUGGUUGGAGCCCUCCACAAAAAUCAACAACGUCUCGAUUGGGACAAAUCAGUCUUCCAAGAAGCAAUAAUCCAGGGGCUCCUUAAAUUCUUUUUCCUUCUUUCCUGAUGAAAGAACGCGUCACAAAAUUUUGUGGAGAAAAGAUUUUCUUUACUACUUACUAAUGAUAAUAGUUGAGACUAAUGGAUACAUAAGUAUGCUUAUAUGCUAAUUAACAUAUGAUUAACAAUUAAUUCCACACUCCAUGAUGCUGGAUAUAUAAAUUUAUACCAAAUCUUGUCUGUUAUACCAAAAAUUUUUAAUCAAUAUUUAUUGAGAAUUUAUUUUGGGGUAUUUGUAUAUUGAUAGAUAUAAUACUCUUCACAUACACACGUUAUUUUAUACAUAAUUUAUUUAACGUUUCUAUAUGUUAUUUUAAUAGAGUGUUAAUACAAUGGU